AAUUGAAGCCUCACGGAGAGCACCGUUCCAACUCGUUACAUGAUAGCGUCGACAAUAGUACCUGAUUCCAAUGGUCAACUGCGAGGCACGGCGAUAUCGCUUGUCCUCCCCCACAGCGCCACCUCGUGCUCGUGAUAAGUUGCAGCCAGGUCUCUCAUCUUAAUUACCCUUUUGGGAACCAUUCGAAGUAUAUAUGCUGUGGGGUUCAUCGUCACCAAGAGCACUAUUAGCCACAACAUAAGACACUCAAAUACCCCUUGCGAUCCACACUUAGCGGAACAUCAACUUGGUCGAUACCAUCAUGCCUUCAGAAGCCGCUGCUUUCCAGCUGUACCCGCAAGCCCAGUCAAAGUUCGAAAUCCCUCUUCUGGCCGGUGACAAUGCCUACCUUGGCGAUGUCUUCAGCAGCGACAAGACCUCUCAAACACCCAUCUCGUGUGGCUUCUUCCGCCUGACACCAGGCGAACCUCUGGUGUACACCUACAAGUACGACGAAAUGAAGAUCUUCCUCGAGGGGGACUACACAAUCACCGACGCCACUGGGCAGACUGCGGAGGCCAAGGGUGGAGACGUCGUCUUCUUCCCCAAGGGAUCGACGAUUACGUUCACAACCAAGGCGGGUGGGAUGGCGUUUUACGUCGGCCAGAGGAAGAUGAGCGACUUUUGAUAGCCGAUCUUGCACAUAGCAACUUAUUUUGGUAAUUUUGGAGACCCAAUGGAUCAUGUUCUCAAUGCAGUUU